AUGAUUCCAGAUUAUUCUCGCUUUGCAUUUCAUCUGGCAUAUGCAUCCGGUCAAAAUUCGCAAACAUUGAUUUUUUAUCAUAACCCUAAUCGAGAAGUAUCAAGAUGGUCAUGGAAUGAAUCAGGAGAAUUAAAAUGUUAUCCCAUUUUACAUCAAUUGGAUAAUUCUGUUAAGCCAAGUGGUGCAAAAAGUCUGGCCUUAACUGCAGCACAGGAUUUAUUGAUCCUCAUCGACUCAAAUUCCACAGUCUAUUCAAUCGAUAUCUCAAACGAAAAUUCUGCACUUACAUUAUUAUUAUAUAAAACUACGAAUAGUUCAAUUAAUCAAAGAAAUUUUACGACUGACGAUGCAAAAAGUUGUAUUGAUAUAAUUGAUCAAAAUUAUUGUCAAAUGUUUAGUAUCAAAUUAGCUCAUAAUGCACAAUUUUAUAAAAUGCAAAUUUUUACAGAUUUCUUUGAUACAUAUUGUGUAUUAUUUAACUCUCAAGUUAAUGAAGUAUACUGUAUUCAAAAUCUAAUCUCAGAUACACGCAUUGAACGACAGGAAAGUUUGAAUAAUUUAGCAGAAUCAUCUCAACAAUACAUUGGUAAUCGAUUAUUGGAUAUAAUUAAAAGGGGUGAAAUCCAAUUUGGUGUUUCAGAUUUAAUGAAUGAAACUCAAUAUUGUUUAGUACUACCACCAGAAUAUAUAUCGUAUUGUGAUAAAAUAAAAAAAUAUUUCAAAAGUUUGGGUGUCUUCGGAAAAUUAACAAUAGGAUACGAAAACAUGGAUUUAAGGUGUUCUACAAUAGAUAUUGAAUGUUUAAUUAAAACCAUACUCAGUCGUGUACCACUACAACUUUGUACGAUUGAAUCGGGUACUCUUGUUCCAUUGAAUAAUGGACGCCGUGAUCGAAUGGAUCAUUUAGCAUCAAAAUCAUUUCGUAUUGAUAUGAAAGCAAGAGAAAUUUCAUUUUCAUAUUUAGAUUAUUUAUUAAAUAAUAUCAAUGAAAAUGAAAAUAUUCGAAUAAUUGGUAUUCUCGGUCGUCAGUCAACAGGAAAAAGUUAUUUAUUAGAUGUAAUAUUUCAAACAAGAUUCGCUGUUGCAGCUGGACGAUGCACUGAUGGCAUAUGGAUGAGUUAUGUUUUCCUUAACAACACACAUUUUGUUAUAUUAGAUUGCGAAGGCUUAUUUAGUGAUCAACGGACUGAUGAUGAGGAAAUAAAACUGAUUUCAUUAUUAACUGCUGUUUGUGACAUAACAAUUCUUAGUCAAGAUUUAGGAUUUAGUCGUUUUCAAGAUCGUCUAUUUGCUCUUUUAUCGCAAGCAGUGGAAAAAAUAAGUGAAAGUGAAAAAUUAUUCAAAGGAAUAUUGUUAAUGGCAAUUCGUGAUAUAAGCGAUAAUGAUGCCAAAGAAUCGUUGUGGGCUGCUAAGAAGAAGUUUUUAGAUUUGCAAAGUAGAGGUAAAAGUGGCUUUCUUGAACAAUUAUUUUCUAAUACAUUCAAAGUUCAAUUAUUGCAUCAUUUUGAAAAUAGAAACUUUGAUCAUGAAGUUAAAGGAUUACGUCAAUUAUUUUUCAAUUAUAUUAAUACUGAAUCACAGAUAUCGCGUCGAUGGGAAAAUGGAAAAACUUUAGCUGACCGUUUGAAAAUUCUUUUAGUACAAUUAUAUACCAAUGAUUUUAUUGAUUCUGAUCAAAUACAGUGUGAAAUGAAAUUAGUAGGAUUAAUUGAACGAAUGAAAAAAGCUUGGACUACAUUUGAUUUAGACGAUCAAGAAAACGUUGAAAUAAAUGAACAAAUUAUAGAAACCACAUUCAAUGAUAAACAAUAUUCAGUUAAAUUGAAUCAUGAGAAAUUAUACUUGGAAGAAAAUGCUUCUGAUCAAAACUUCGAUAAUAUUUGUGAAUUUAUUCUCAAUCAUGUAAAUCCUCAAAAUGAUUCUACAACUGAAACCAAAGAAGAAAUGAAUAAAACACGAGAAUUUGUCGAUAAACUGAUUCCUGAAAUUAUGAGUUAUCGUAGUCAACAAAUAAAAAAAUGGAUGACUGAAAAUUUUAAACGAGAACUUCCAGUAGAAAAUAAUAACACUAAAGAAGUAAAAACAAAAUUUUUGAGUACAAUCGAACAAUAUAUGCGUUCAUUUAAAUUACAAAUAUGUUUGAAAAAAUGUUCAAUUUGUGAUUUAAAAUGUGUUAAAAAUUCUCAACAUACACAGGAAGCAAAAUUUUUACUUGAACAGAAAAAAGAAGAGUUAAAACGGGUACUAACUUCUUUGGAAACAACGGACUUGGAAAAUACUCGUGAACAUAUGGAAAAAUUAAAUCAAGAAAUAUGUGCAGCAUCAGUAAAAGAAAACAGUCUUCGUCAAACCAUGAAUUUAUUAUCUAUUGAACUAAAAGAUCUCAUCGAAAAAGAAGCAAUUGAAACGCAAAAUAAUGAAUAUGAUUCGAAGAUUGCUAUUGAAAAUGAAAAGAUUCAAGAUUUGCAAAGAAAGAUCUAUGAUAUUGAUCAACAGUUAAAAAUUCUUUUGCCAAGCAAUGAUUUGCAAGACAUGAGUAAAUUGUCACAAGAUCUUGAUGCAGAACUUUUACUUAUCAUAAAUCCUAAUCAAUACAAUAGCGAUCAAUUGCACAUACUGGUCGAUUUAUUUCAUAAAAACUAUAAAGAAGAUGAUAAACCUAAAACUGAUCUAUUGUGUUUAUCGAUAGAAGGAGAAAUUAAUGACUUAACUGGAAUAAUAGGUCAUUGUCAAGAUCAAACACCAUUAUUUUUGGCUAUGAUGAACAAAAAUAUUGAUCAGAUUUUCCAAUAUUCUAUAUUUAUUCAAAAGAAUUUAGAACAUAUCGGAAAACAACUUGAUGAAUACAAAGAAGAUUUGAACAAUAUAGAAACCGAAGUGAAUGAACUUAAACAGAAACAAAGUAAUGUUCAGCAGGAAACAGAAAAUACGAUGAAAUUGAUUAAAGAAAACGAAAUCGAAGAGGAAGAAGUUGCUAAACAGAUAAAUGAUAUAAAAAUUCAGCAAGAAAUAUUAUCGGAAACAAUUGAUGAUGAUCAUCAAACAAAUGAUACUAUGGAUCAACUUAUUCAUAAAAAAAUUCAGCAUUACAUUAAAUAUUUGAAAGAUGAGCGAGAUAAAAUUUGUCAUUCCUAUAAUUCUAAUGAACAUGACAAUAUUGAGACAAUCAAAGAACAAGAAGUUAAAAAGUUACAAUUCUUUUUAGGCGAAAAAUAUCAAAAAGAAUGUAUGAUAGCUGAUCAUAGAAACGAAAUAGAAAUAUCAAAUGAUGAUAAUCGAAUCCGUCAAUGCCAGGAAGAAAUAAAUACUAAUGAAAAAAAAGUCAAAGACAUUGUUGAACUAUUUGAUCGUAUUCAGAAAAAAGUCGAUUCUAUCGAGGCAGAUCAGUCGGUAUUGAAAAAGAUGGAUGAAGAACUUUAUCAAAUCGAUCAGCUCAAGCAAAUUCUACAUUCAGCUGAUGAAAAAAUUCAAUCAAAACAAAAACGUUUGUCUCAAUGUUUGGAGCGGGUAAAUAAGCAGAAAAUAGAGAUUACAACUUUAGAAGAAGAUGAUCCCGAUGACUUCAUCGAGCAGGAGAAACAAAAGUUAGAGAAACUUAAUAAACAGUACGACGGUCUUUCAACUGAAUUGAAUGAAUUAGAACAAGAAAAGUUAAUAUUAUACAGCAAUAAUCCUCUAUUAACCAAAAUUUUGAACGAACCAGAACUUGACGCAGACAAGCAAAAUUUAAAUGAAAAACAUGAACUCAUUAUCAAUAAUUUAUCAUCAAACAAGGCAAAAUUAAAUGAGCAAAAUCAACAAUUGUCAAAUAUCAGCAAAGAACUCGACGAGCAAAAUAUCGCAUACGGGAAUUGCAAAGAAAUGGUUCAAUUCAAUGAAGAAUUAAAUAUUUCGGGAAAUACACUUUUUGAAUCACUUACCAAUCUUACAAAUUUACUGAAUACUAAUUUGAAAAGGUUGAAUGAGAUUUUUCAAGCAAACACAUUAAUAGAUGAUAAUGCAGUAUUAUCGAAUGCAUUCAAAGCUGCCGAUGAAGAACUCGCUAGGCUUAUAACUGUGAGAGAUCAGUUAAGUAAACAGUUAGAUGAAAUCACCGGUAAUAAUCGUUCAUUUAACUACGUGAAUUCUCAAAAAUGUAACGAAGAGUAUCAAAUUGUUGUCAAAGAUUAUGAAACAGCACGUUCGUUAAAUGAAAAUUUAAAACAACAAUUAUUAGAUAUUAGUAUUUAUUCUCGUCUAUCGACAGAAAUUUUACGUCUAGAAAAAGAGGCUCAAAACCACUGUGACUGUAAAACAGAUCAUAAAUGUUCUGGUAUGUGUCAAAUAUGUGCGACAGAAACUAUAACAAAACAAAAUCUGUGUAUGUUCAAAGCGGGACAUAAUGGCGAACAUAAAUGUGAUGGCGGUCAUAUAUGUACGAAAUUCUGUGACAUUUGUCAGUUCUAUGAUAUGCCAACUAGUAGAUGUCAAUUCGUAUACGGCCACAGAGAACCAGAACGUCAUCAAUGUGAAGGUAUUCAUCAAUGCCCAGUAACUUGUAUUUGCUCGGAUCCAUGCGCCAUACCAUUAGAUCUCAUACAGCAUAAAAUUCAUCAAUGCAACAAAAAAGAUUGUUGGAAGCCAUGUAUGCUUUCAUGUGGUAAUUCAUGUGCAACACAAGAUCAUAAUCAUGAUAUGACAACAGGAUUAGUUACGAUAAGUAUUGGCUGUGAAACUCGUCAAAUGAAAAAACAUUUAUGCGAUCAGUCUCAUUAUUGUCAAGGUAUAUGUGAUGCACCUGGUGUUUGUCAACAGGAAUAUAAGACACAGCAAAGAAAAUGGAAAACAGAAUCUGGCGAAGAAUUUCAAUACGAACAUAUUGAAGUACAAGAAGUUCGUGGUAAAUGCGGAGUCUUGAUUCCAGCAGGAAAAUCGUCGCAUGGUGACACUACAAUUCAUCAAUGUGAUGGACAUAAACAACAUACUUGCCAAGAAAGAUGUCCUGAUUGUGGAUCAUUUUGUAGAAAUCCUCAUGGUCAUAGUGGAUUUCAUAGAACACUUCAUCGAAAUAAAGAUUCACACGUAUUUACAAGUACAAAUCCAACUGAUACAAUUGAAAUACGUUCAAACGAAUCACCAGAAACUGAAGCAAGAAAAUAUAAAGUUGGAGAAUCAGUGCAACCAGAAAACUGUAGUGUAUCGUGCAAACGUCGUGGACGAGCUCAUUUUCAUUUAUUGGAAUGCCCUGGUGGUUCUGGAUGUUGGGGAAAAGUACUUGGUAAUAAAGCGAAACAUUCUGAUGCUACAUAUUACUACGGACCAGAUCAGCCAAGUUCAAAAAAAUUCGAUCAAAUUCUAUGUUCUACAUAUUGGUCACAACAUAAAUGGUUUCCACCUAUUCAUAAUGAAACUGAUCGAAAGUUAACUGAUUUAUGUAAUACAUACUGCAAAGAUCAUGUCGUCCGUGACACAAAUGGUUUUAUUGUUAAAGAUUCUGUUAAAGCUUUUUGUAAAUUAGAUGCUUGA